GAGCGCGGCGCUGCCCGGGGCCGAGGGGGCCGCGUUGGCUCUGCGCGGGGCGGCCCGUGCCCGCCUGAAGGAGCCCGAGGCGACAGCGCUGCCGGGGCAGCGGCCGAUAGCCGAGCGCCGCCCCCGCGGGCUGUGGUGCGGGAGGCGCUGGGGUUCUGUUGUUGUUCUCCUUCGCGUCUUUAUUUUUGCUCUUGCCCUUUGUUUCCCGUCUUUCUGUUCUUUGGUUUUCCUCCGUCUUUUGUUUUCUCCCUUUAUUUCUUUUGUUUAUUUCUUCUCCUUUUUUUUUUUUUUCCUUCUGUUUUCGUGUUUGGCUUCCCCCCCUUUUUUCCUUUUUCCCUUUGUGUUACCGAGGCUCAGGGCCCUGCCAUGUGGACUCACGCCUUCCUAUCGGGAGUUUGUUUGGAAAGGACAUCAAGAGGAACUUGUGUUCUGUUGCUGGAAUACCUGUCUGUGUCUCAUUUGUUGCCCUGCCAGGGAGCUGAACUGACUUCUGCACGAAGACUUCAAAUCAAAGACGCAGCCAUGAAAGAUCCCAGUCGCAGCAGUACUAGCCCAAGCAUCAUCAGUGAAGAUGUGAUCAUAAAUGGUCAUUCUCAUGAAGAUGACAAUCCCUUUGCGGAGUACAUGUGGAUGGAAAACGAAGAGGAAUUUAACAGGCAGAUUGAAGAGGAGUUGUGGGAAGAAGAAUUUAUUGAGCGCUGUUUCCAAGAGAUGCUGGAAGAAGAGGAGGAGCACGAAUGGUUUAUUCCAGCCCGUGAUCUCCCACAGACAAUGGAUCAAAUCCAGGACCAGUUCAAUGACCUUGUUAUCAGUGACAGCUCAUCACUGGAGGAUCUGGUGGUCAAGAGUAAUCUGAAUCCAAACGCAAAGGAGUUUGUUCCUGGGGUGAAGUACUUAAAUAUUUGAGUAGACUGGGCCCUCUUUUGGUGGAUGUAGCACAAUUUCCACACUGUGAAGCCAGUAUUAGAAGAUUUAAUUGUAAAAGCUCUCUCUUCUUGUCACUGUGUUACACUUAUGCAUUGCCAAAGUUUUGUUAGUCUUGCAUGCUCAAUAAAAAGUGCUGAGACUGUUACUAAGUAAAUCUGUCAAAAGUUUAAUGGAAACAUAAUUGGGCCCUGGCUCUCUGCAAAGGAGACAGUGAGGUAGGAAGCACCAGUCAAGUUGAGACAAAGUACCACAUUUAUAAACCUUCUGCAGACUCUGUCUUUUAAGUCGGACUUGGAAUUUGCUUCGGAUGGUCUGUUUUUAACUAAAGAUGUGUUAACUGGUGCUAGUUUGCACCUGAUAAUGCCUUAACUUUAAAAUGAAAGCAAGGUUAUCUGAUUGUUAUGCAGAUUAGCUAACUUUCCUUUGAAUUAUCAGUAUUGUUACUAAUGUUACAUUUUCCCCUUAAAUAUAUAUAUAUUCAUGCUUCUUUUGAGCAGCCUGAGCUGUAACAGAAGUCGUACAGACCUGCACAGAGUCAUAGAUCUCAGCUACUGAACUAACAUCCCGGCGGUGGGAAGGAAGGGGUUCCCUGUACUUGCAGUAUGUUAUCAUGUUAGCAAUGUUUCACUCCCUAAUUACGUUACAGGACAUGUGAGUUUCAUCACAGUUUCUUCCAAGAGCCCACAUGCGGACAUAGCGAUGUCUACGUAACUUUUAGCCUACAACUUUAUUAUAGCUGGAUUUAACCAAGCAAACCCUAGCAUUAGUGAUUUGAGUGGUGCUUUUCCCUUGCUUUGUUUAAUCAUCACUACACGAUAGUCUACAGCACAACGACUUUUUUUUUUUCUUUUAAUAAAGCUAGAACAGUUUUGGCUUCUUAAACUUCAUACCUGGGUAGGUUAAGCUGCCAUACGUGUUCAGUGUGAAUAGUGUUUAAGUUGAAAAUAUUGUAAAAAAAUUAUAUUUUUUCAAAAAUAUUUAAAAAAAUAAAUAAUAGUAGAAAUGA